UAAAAGUAAAAAAAAAUGUAUUUUGUAUUUGUAAUUUGGUCAUAAAUAAAAUAAAGUCUUAAAUUCUUUAAAGAAAGAAUCUUUUCUCUGUUUGAUAAUUGGUUUAUUGAAAUACAGUCGAGACUAACAUCGUAUUAAAUUGAAAUUCGAUACUUAACUGAUGCAUACAAAAUGACGGAUUCCUCAGAGUUCACUUCUUUGUUUGCACUUGUGGACAGUCAUCUUUCUAAGACAAGCUUACAAGACACUGGUGGAACAUCAAAUACAGCUUCGCUCAAUAUUCCGUCUCUCAGCAGUUUGCGCAAUGGAAGCGCCUCGGAAUCAUUACUUUCCAUGCACACUCGUCCAAGGAUACCCAUACCAACUCUUAGCUCUAACGAGAAUGAAAUCCAAUCGAUUCUGGCUAGACAAGUAGCCAACAUGCUUAUAGCCAGAGAGAAAAAGCAACAAGAAGAAGAAAAGGCUAAAUUAGAAGCUGAAAUGAAGAAACUUCAAAUAGAAGAUGAGGACAAUUACUUAAUUGACUUAACACAAGCCAUCCAAACACCCUACAAUCCAAGGCCACAAAUAAAGGAACAAGAAACACUCAGCAACAGCAGCUCUUUCGAGUCUUUAUUUAAAUUGAAUUUUACAGAUUGUGAGGGGAAACCGCAGAGGACUAAAACUCCAGAGCCAUUGCUGCCUUGUAUGACAGAUAUAUCCUAUAUAUUGAAAGAAAAAGUGAAACUAGCCAAAUGUUCCUCAUUUGGUAAAGUAUUGACAUCACAAUUGACACCAGUCCCAGCACUUUACUUUCCAGAAAAAUAUCCCACAGACAUUGCGAGAUUUGAUUUCAGUACACCAUCACCUAGUGAUAUAAUAAAAGAAAAUUUAAGAAAACCAACGAUGUCUUGCACAUUUACAAUGGACAUUACAAAGUUUGUGUAAAAAACAAUGUUUACACAUUUGUUUGAACAUUUUGUUGUUUCAAUUAAUAGUAAUUCAUGAUAAUACUUUUUGUAUGUGAAAAUGAAAGAAUAAUAGACUCUUUGUUCCAGCUUAUAUAAAAAUAUUGACAUGUCUUUUGUUUUAACCCAACAAAACACUAUAGUAAGUGAGGCAUAUGUAGAUAACGAUAAAUUAACUACUCAAUCAUAGUAGACCCCUUGAAAUUGAUAUCUUUCAAGAUCUUAAUUUCCAGCUAAAUAUAUUUUUGUAUGAGCAGUGUAACAGGAAAUUACAUUUUUUAUAGUCACAUUUUAAUUUAUUUUUCUUUUGAUGGAGUACCAAUACUAUCACAAGUAGGCAUAAUUAAAAUAUUUAAUUUGAACAUUUUAAAAAUAACAAAAAAAAAUUUAUUCAUGUUUUUCCACAAAAUAUGACAAGAUCAUAAGACAAAUGUUACUACAUAAAUUAAUGUGGUGGUAUGUAUUACUAUAUAUCCUACUAAUAAUAUAAAUGGGAAAGUUUGUAAGGAUGGAUUUUUGCCAUGCCAAAACUACUGUACCAAUUUGACUGAAUUUUGGAAUGGAGAUAAUCCAGGGUAUAGUCCCUGGAUUAACACAUGGCUGGUUUUUAUUCAGGGAAAAUGAACUGUUCUCGCGGUAUUCAUGGAAAACAAAAAAAACUGUACAGAGCCACAGGCAAGAGCUGGCAUUGUAUAUUUUUUAUGCUAAAUAAUUUAUUCUUAAUUUCGUACAUUUGUUGUGCUGUUUAGCAAUAUGGACCCUUAAAAAUCUUUAAGUUAAUAUUAUUUUGUAUCUAUUCUUACCUUUAACUACCCACAAUUCUAUCACACAAUCGCAAGAUCAUAUAUCCUACCAAAAUAAGAAAAUCAUUGUAAACACAUGUUUAGAUAUUUGCAUCUGAGAGAAGAGGAUAGUUAUUAUCUGUGUCGAAAUAUUCCCUGCUAUGAUUAAAACUUUACCUAUGGAUACUAAAAAAAUAAUAUUGUCUUUACACAACUUCAAAGUGAAUAGUACUCAAAAUAAAAACAACAUAAUAUAUAUGCUUGAGAAAAUCUAUCUAAGAAAUAUAGUUUUUAG